ACCCAACCGGAUGUUGACAAAAAUCAAUACCGAUUUGGUAUUUUUGAUAUGGCAGAAGAUGAAAAUGCUCCGCUUCUGUCAGAGGGUGGCGACCAUGCACGGAACAGAAAAAGGCCAAAUAUAUUUCCAACAGAACCGGUUCGAUCAAAUGCUGUUUGCGCGGAUGAUCGAAUAUUUGUCAACGCCACAGUUUCGACUCCCAGUGCUGUGGAACCAGAUGUGAUUGUUGCAAUUUUUGUAGUUGCAUUCGACACAAGAUCUGGUAACAUGGUGGAGUGGUGCAUGCCAGACGAUGCAGACUUGGACGGUGUUGAGUUCAAAGCCAUGGUGAGCGGAUCUCACACACAGAUAAAGGACUUUGUGUACUUCAAGAAAGACAACCUGUACGGGCUGGCAUGCUUUGAGAACAUGCCGGUGGAAAGUGAGAUAGAACGCGGGGCUCGGAUGAAGUCUGUAGGAAUCCUGGCCACUUCAUACACACUGCUGUACCGGCAUCUGCAGUUCCUAGAGACACAAGUCAGACAUCAAUUGGAAAUACCUGGCAAAUACACCCAGUUGCAAGCAUUCUAUGAGGAUAAAACCUCAGCAUUCAACAAUCUUCCAACAUCCAAGACAGUAACACCCAACACACCUUCCAAAAACCUGCUUCCAGAACUGAAGAUUACCCACCCUGCCGGCUGUUUCACGCAGUUUGCUCGUUUUUUUGGAGAGCAGAUUUUCCUGCUGUGGAAGUACGCCCUGCUUGAGAAGCGAAUACUCUUCUUCUCUCCACCUCCCAUAGGUGUCGUCUGCUACAGAGUGUAUUGCGCUUGCUGUCUCACAAACCAUGAUAUCAGGGGUCUUGGGCGGAAGGUGAAGCCUCAUUUCUAUGUGAAUGUUGCCGAUAUAGAAACAUUGGAAACGGAAGUUACAUAUCUAGCAUGCACUACAGAGAAGAUAUUUGAGAGCAAGACGAGUCUGUAUGAUGUAUACGUUGACAACCAGGUGGUACGCACGCACAACCCCAUCCUAAAGGAGCUCCUCAAGUGUAGCUCCGCUGACAGGGACAAGUUCCAGAAACUCAACAAUCUUCGGUCUGCCCACCAGUACUCAUAUGAAGAGCUAGGGGAGGACAGUAUAGAUGAGGAAGAAGUGUUUGUAUCGUUCUUCCAUGAGCAGAACAACCGGCUGUUCCAGACGCUGCUAGAUGUGGCCAACUCGCAGGACACCCAGCUCACCUCCGACCACAUGAAGAGUAUGGGGCUGGACCCUAGCGGGGACCGACAGUUCCUCAUGGAGCUUGUGGAGCAUUAUGGGAUUGAUGUCGUACUCAUGGUGGACAAUCCCUGUUGUCCAAAGUGAGCCACCCUACAUUUACAUUGGUGCUUGACGUAAUGAUUUGCGCAUUGACGCAUUGUAAAAGCUGUGUUCACUAUUUCAAUACUGUAAAAUCAUUAUUUAUAUUGGUUAUUUAUUUAAGUAGUCAUGAAAAAAAAAAAUUUUGCAGAUGCGUUGAUUCAUGGAUUUCUGAUUUAGGUGGAAACAAGAAGAAUUUGCAUCAGUCAUUUUUCGAAGUGUUUUUGUUAAAUUCUUGUAUAGGUCAACUCAAUAAAUCAAUGAACUUUAAUGUGUCAGGAAUAAUCAUGAUUUAACAGUAUGUUAGACAUGGGCAUGAUUUAAAAUGAGUUUAUCGAAUAUUUUUAUCAGAAAAUUUAUGAUCCAAAUACUUAGUGUAAUAACGGUAUCAUUGCUAUUGAUUGUUGAUAUAUGAGACUCUACAAUUAUAAACCUAAAAUGUGCGUUAAUUUUUGUGUUUUACCCAGUUUUUUAAAGUCUAAGUAAAUAGCUACUCAAGUAAUAACUUACUUUAAUAAGACUUUUAAUAAAUAAUUUAAUUGAUUUGUUAACUAAAUUGACCAAUAAUCAUUAUGGUACAUUUAAAGCCAAAAGAUAUAUGGAAUAUAUUUGAGUCGCAUUCUGAGAAAACUGGACAUAAUGCAUGUGCGUAAAGUGUCAUCCCAGAUUAGACUGUGAAGUCCGCACAGGCUAAUCAGGGACUUUCCGCUUGUAUGACAUAUUUAGUUAAAAUGAAGUCUCUUCUUAGCAAAAAUUCAAUUUAGGCGGAAAGUGUCAUCCCUGAUUAGCCAGUGCGAACUGCACAGGCUAAUCUGGGAUGACACUUAACGCACAUGCAUUAUGUCCAGUUUUCUCAGAAUGUGACUCAUUUGUUUAAUAUAGUGUGGUAUGGAUUGUGUCUGUUGAUGUGCACGGGUAAACACAGGUUCAGUGUUCGGACAUAGAACUGUGUUCAAGUUCAAGUGUAGUUAUUUGUGCAUUGUAGUCAAACUGGUUAUUGUUUUUCAAUUUACAAUGUAAAGCUUGUUGUAUAUGUACAGAAAUGUAUAUAGGAUGAGUGGAAAAGCUAACUUGUUAAUAAAGUGUCUGCUCCUCAAUAGAUAUUCUAUAAGAUUAAUAUAUUGGUUGAUUAUGACAUUUCCUAUGUGGAGAAGGAUUUAUUUUUAACCAAGCAUGUAACUUUGUUCAAGCUUAAAGGGCCUUGAUGACCCACUUGCAAAUUUAAUAUUGUCUAAUGUAUUUGUUGAAGAUCCUAAAAAGUCAAAUAAGAAUUUAAAAAACUACAAUAUAUGAUUACUUAAAAAGUACAUCUUGAAAAUUGUUAAAAUAAUAGUGUUGUCAAUGUUAUAUAGAGCAAAGUACCCUAAUUUCGACAUGUCUGUUAUUUCGACAUGCUUUGACAUUUUUUUAUCUAAAUUAGCCUAGUGCGGUUUGUUCAAGUCAAUUUAAGUUUAUUUUUGAUGAUGUCACAUAUUUCAGACAUCAUCAAAUUAUUUCACCCAUAAAAUUUGCGUUUGUUUUUUCCGUAAACCAAGGUUAAAUAACACGGAUUGUUUUGUGUUUUUACGGGAUUGUGGCCCUUAUACAAAGCUGUAAGACACGCAGCAACCAACGGUAAAUCUCUUAUCGUUUUUUUUUGCGGGAAUACGUUUUAAUUUGUAUUGAGAACUGAAAAACAAACAUGGAAGAUCAUAUUUUGUAACAGUUAUACUUAGCUGUGAGCUUUUUAGCGGCCAAUGCAGGGAUGUUGAAGUUAGGAUAACAAAAAUCGUUUGGACCGUAAAUUCGACAUAGCGAAUAAUAAUACAUAUAACUAAAUAACUAUUACGCAUUGCCUUAUGUAAUCUUUUCAUUAUAUAUAGAUCAACAUCAUUACUGGGUAAUUUAAUAUAACAUGUACAUACAAGCUCUAGUACUUCUUGAAUGCUCUGAGAUUUUAUGAGUACAUAUGUACAGCGACACGGGGGGUCAAUAGCUGGGAGUUGGAUUAUUGCAACUAAUACCAGCUCCAUCCUUCGUAAAUUUUGCAACCCUGUUGCACAGCAGAUUUUGCAAAACAUGCGUUUGUUCUUUUUUUGGUUAAACUCCAACCAGUCAAAUUGGUUUAACCAAGUCGUCUAAAAACACGCGACUUCUGUGUUUUGAUUGCUUUGUUUUUGUUUUGUUUUUCUGAUUUGUUUGAAUUCAUUUAUUUUCAUCAAUUUCUAAUUUCCGUUUCGUCGAAAGUGGAAUGCCAAAAUCUGCAAGGGCACAUUGUGACAUUAUGAACACGAAUGAUAAAUGGUACAAGUUCAAUAUUUUUGUCAAAUUCAUAUGUGUGUUUGCCAUUUAAAUAUUUUGACAUGUUACAAACGGGUCGCAAUGUUCAUAAUUGAAACAAUGGUUCAGGCCUGCCAACUGUUACAACAAUUCAAAACUUUUCGCCAAACAGGGUCCAAGACGGGGUCUCAACUUCUUUGCCGACAUUCACACGUUAUUGUUAUCAAAACAUGGUGACAAUAAACAAACAUUAACUCCAAUUAAGCGCUCUCCGCCUAACCGUGAACAGCGAACGUGUUAAGAUUGUCGUCUGCUACAAUUUAUCAAUUCACAGGUGUCUACUGUGAGCCUGUGCCAAUUGUAUUGGAAAGGAGGCGGAGUUAAGACAUAUCGAGAUGUGUGCAAAACACAUUGAGUCUGCAGAAAGCAGUGUUGAUUGAAGCAUUUUAAUCGACAGCUUACAUCACGGGUUGCAAUUUUCGGCGCAUGACCAAUUUUUAGGAAGUAAAGUGUACAUCAUGGGGUUUUGUUAUCGGCGUAUGGAAACAAUUAUCAGGUGUAAUAUACAACCAUACGCCUCUUAGUGCAAGAGGUGCUCUUAAUAAAUUAUAACUCGAAGACUUAACAAGCAGUAUACAUUAAUAACAAUUUUUAAAGGUUAUGGUAAUUAUCUGUUCCAUUGAAAGAAUAUUCGUUUCCUUCACAUGUUUUUUUUAAAAAUAAACUAGGGGCGUCGAAUUAAGGGGCACCAUGUCGAAAUAACGAUCUCAUACUUCGUAAACGUUUUAAGUAAAUACGAUACAUAUAAAGCAUCCUUACCUGACAGUCAACACUUAAAAAGCACAGGAUGCAAUAAGUUAAGUAAGUGAUAUGUAUAAGUAAGGAGGAUACCGAUCAAAUAAUUUGGUAUACACAUUUGAACCUUAAACUGUCGAAAUUAGGGUACUUAGCUCUAUACUAUAUAUUUAUGAGUCGCGCUAUGAGAAAACUGGGCAUAAUGCAUGUGCGUAAGGUGUCGGCCAAGAUCAGCCUGUGCAGUCCGCACAGUCUAAUCAGGGAUGACACUUUUCGCUUUUAUGGUAUUUUUAGUUUCAAGGAAGUCCCUCCUUACCCAAAUUCAAGUUUAGGUGGAAAGUGUUGUCCCUGAUUAGCCUGUGUGGACUGUGCAGGCUAAUCUGGGAUGACACUUUACGCACAUGCAUUAUAUAUAUAUAUAUAGGUUAGAAUGCAGCAGAGUUCUUAUUUCUGCUGUGGAAGCUAUUAGUCUCUGCAAACAAUAAUCUUGCAGUUAUUAAAUAUGUUUGUGUCGUUAGUCUAACUUCUCUUUCUCUGCAGUUAAGAAAUUAUAUACCCUACCUCUUUAAUAGUAAUCUGAACAAGUUUUAAGAAGUUUGUUUAUUUAGUUGUAUUAUUUUGUGCACGCUGUAUGCAGAACAAUUGUUUUAUCAAAUAGGUAUUCAAUGGAAAGGAAAACAGAAUGAACACUUUCUUUCUCUUGCGAAGUUCAAAUUAUUAUUGCAUAUUAUAUUUAUUCAAUUAUUAUAACAGGAUAUAUGUUGUUUUGUGUCUUUAUGUGAACAAUUUUGUUCAUUGAUAUUUUAGCAUGUUUGCCAUAUAAUGUUGCAGACAUAUUUCAAUAUCAAACCAUUUCUGGUUAAUGAUAGUUUUCUUAAAAUGUAGGUCUUAUAUAUCUGUCUGUGAAUUGCUUUUCUUGACUUCUUGAUUCACUAUGUCAUUUCUGCAACUGUUAUUUGAUUGGCUGUGAUUGUUAAUGAUCAAAUACAUAGUUCAAGCAUCAAUGCAGUGUUUUGUGGGCAUUCCAAUAAAGCACUUACCAAGGGUCUCAUUCCAAUUGUAUCAUGGAAGCAUACAUUAGAGUUAACAUUCCAAGAUUAUUUACAUCGUGUUCAUUAGUUAACAUUCUGAGAAAAGUUACAUUUUGUUCAUUCAAACAUCAUUUGGGAUUAAAGAGAUACUUAUUUUCUUGUGCAAUAUUUUUAAUGCAUAAUGUCUGUUGUUGAUAUUCUGUUAUUGGUCACUUGCUGAUUGAUAAAUAUUGCAUUUGUAAAAAUAGCACGUAACACUGUUUGACUUCUUAUCCUAUGUAUGACUCGAUUGUUAUUUUUUAUUAAACAAGUGUAUUUUGAAUAAAAUCAAAUAUUGUUAAGUAAUUGUGUUAAUUAUGUAGUCGAUUAUCUAUGAAGAUUUUAUCUUGUUGAUUUCAUAUGCUGUACUUUUACAAAUAAGAACUUUUUUAUUUUAUUUUUGAUCACCUAGUUAUGUUUACUCAAAGAGUUAAUUUAUUGAAAAGUUUCUUGCACUAAAAUGUGACAACAUAAUAGCAGUUGUUUAUGCCAAAACCAUAUAGUGAGGGAAACAGAAGUUAUAUUUUUAUGUGAAAGGCAACAAUUUCAUAUCUACCGAUACUCAAAAUAUGAUUUUGUUUGUAAAUCUUAUUAUUAAUGAUCAUUUAAUUUCAUAUAAAAAUGUCUUGAUAUUUAAUAUAUUAUAAUUUAUAAUUUUAUGUUAAGAAAUAAACAAAAUGAA